AUGAGUGAAAUAACAUUGGGAUCGGUCAUCGAGUCAACCGCGCUGAUAAACGAUGAAUUUGUAAAAAUAAAGUGCAAUUGUUCAGAUGAUGUCGAAUAUCUUGAUUUCCGCUCGGUGACACCUUUCAACGGCGAAUAUCAAUACAUUCUGAAUUGGCACAAAGAUUCCAGCGAUGUCAGAAUUUCAGUGGAGAACGAGAAUCUCAGACCGAUGUUGGUCGGUGUUGAGAUGGCCUAUCAUAAAUUCCAGCAGUCCAAUCACAAGUACUUCAAUUUGACAGGUCUCCAGAAUAUCAAAGCACUACAACACUCUAGUUGCUCGGAAUCCUCCAUUCUCUUUGAGUUUGUGCAAAAGGCCGAGAAGGAUUUCAUGUUUGUUUUGUUUGGAAUCAAUCCGAGCGUCCAAUUGGAUAUCAAAGCGUGGGAUGCCUACAAUACGCCACUGGAUUUGGCAACAUGGAAAACAGUGGACCAAGGACUGCUCUCAGAGGAGGGAAUGAACUCCAAUUUGCUUUCGAUUACACGACCAAAUGCCGAACGUUCCAAGGAUUCGAAACCUCUGGGUUCGAUAAAGUUGGAGGUAGACAAGAACAGCUUCCACGGCUACUUGAUUCUUCGUCCGAAUGUUCGCGUCGCCAAAAUGAGAGUUCACGUAAAGAACAAUUGUGUUCCACCCAAAUGCGAUAUGGUAACACUCUACUAUUCGUUGUUGGCAUUGUCUUGUGAAGGUACAUCAACAACAAAACCACCCGUCGUAACGUUCCCACCCACAAAUCCACCAACAACAAACUCAUCAAAUGGUGGCAACAACGUAGAUCCCGCCGGUAAAUUCACAAUCUACGGUCAAAUCGUAAACGAUACUUUGAGAGAUGGAAUUCUCGAGUUGGACAAAGAUAAACCAUUCGAAGGUUUGGUAGUUUCGCUAUUCACUACAAAGAGUUCCCUCAUUCCAGUGAUGACAACACUCACCAAUGCAACCGGUCAAUUCCAAUUCAAAGACUUGCCGUCUGAGGAAUACCGUUUGAGAGACGGUACCACAUCGAUCUACUUGAACCCAGAGAAUCCAGCGAUUCGUCGUAACAACAGAAACGCAGUGAAACCAUUUAUCAUCUUUGAAACUAGUUGUAAUUUAGCAUUAAAGAUAGCAGUUAGAUUAGGUAGUUGGUUAAUAGAUCAAAAAAUGGAUGCUUUUGAAAGAAUUGAACAAAACUAUCAACAAGCAUGCAAUACUGUCACAAGAAGAAUUAAACAAUUGCCAAACUUUAAUGGAGAGAGAAAGAAAGAAGCUGUUAGAGAGGCUGAACAUGAUAUAGAAGAAGCAUCAACAUAUAUAAAUGAUAUGGAGAGAGUAGCUUCCAAUCAUCCACAAAGAAUUAGAUUACAACAAAAGAUUAAACAAUAUCAAGCUGACAUUCAGCGAUUCAGAAGAGAAGUAAGCAAGGCAGCGACAACCUCCAAUGACUAUAACAGAGACAAUGGUUUUUCAUCUGCACCAGAAGAUUAUCAGUCUCAAUAUGAUAAUCAAAGACAACAUUUAUUGCAAGGAUACGAAACAGUGAAUCAAACAUCCGAUAGACUUAUGAGAGCAUCACAAAUCUCUGCACAGAGUGAGGUUAUUGGUGAAGCUAUCCUUACUGAUUUGGGUCAUCAAGGUCAACAAAUUAGAGGAAUGAAGAAAAAGUUGGAUGAAACAGAUGCGAAUGUCAGUGUUGCAAAUAGAGUUAUCGGAAGUAUGGCAAGGAGAGUUGCCACCAACAAAGUUAUUUUAUCAUUUAUCAUUAUAUUGCUUUUAGGUAUUAUUGUAUUAAUUAUCUGUUUGAAAUGGUUGCGUACUAAAUAA